AUGGGGGAAGAGAUUAGACUUUUGUCCUCUAAAGGUCUUGAGACCCAUAGUAGCUUUUGUUUGCCCGAGGAUAUUUUCAGAAACCGUUUAACAUGGUUGUGCAGUGAGAUUCGCAACUCAGGAUUUUGGAUCUGGUCGCUAUCAUGGUUACCGCUUGCCGUUUGGUGGGGGAUGGCCAGUACUUGGUUUUAUCCCCUUCUGACUUCAGUAGUUCUAAUCCUGGCGCUAAUUGCUAUUUUGCCAGUAGUUCAAAUACAGUACAGUAAAUAUACUUUAUCAAAUCAACUCACCCAGCUUUCUAAAGAAAUCAUCAAAAGUGCACCAGGUGCAUACUCUGCUGAUUGGGACGCUGUUGCAAUACAUUUCAAUUCCUACUUGUAUGAAAACAAAGCAUGGAAAACUGCACAUUUUUUUUUUAAUGGUACUGACUGCCAAGAAGCAUUCAGGAAAACCAUUCUAGAGCCAGCUGUUUUGAGGAGACAAAACGAAGAUCCUAGGUUCAGUUCAAUUGAGAUUUUGGUCCCUUACACCGAAGACGCGGUGCAGGUUUAUUUUACAAAAGUAAACGCACAGUGGAGGUUGAUCCAUGGUAAGAAGGAAUGCAAACUUACUAUGUUGGAAAAUGUCAAGCUUCCUAAGGAAACCUAUCGCUGCAAGCUAGCAUGGAGUUGCCAGAGAAUCAGGAUUUCUUUCUCUCCACUAGACUUCCUUCCUGAUAUGUCUGACUUCUUUAUUUGUGCAAAUUUAUCACCAGCAUGCUUGGUAUCUUAUUGGCUAAUAGACAUUUUCUUUAGAAUGAUAGAUGAUUUUCAAAACAUAAGGCCUAAAUCGAUGAAAGUUGAUGAUAAAAUGCAGUACCUAUCAGAUAUUAUAAACGAGCAGGGUGCUAGCCCUGAAAAAUGGGAUACAAUUGCAAGGAAAACGAAUACACGAUUAUUUGAAAAGAGGGUCUGGAAAAACGAAGAGUUUUUCUUUGAUGGGACUGAUUGUCAGGCAUUCUUUGAACGGAACUUUAGUAGCCUUUUGUUCUCAAAAAAAUCUGCGUCGCCUAGAUCAUUAAACGUUGAACUUUGGAAAUACAUUCAAGAAGCGCAAUUGAGCUGUAACUAUGAGCCGUUACCAUAA